ACACCCAAACAGCAUGGAUGGAAUAGAUUUUUCUGUUUGGCCAGAGAUUGAAAAAGCCGAAAAAGAAAACCGACGUGAGUUGGUACUUCAGGGUAUCAACACUGAACAAAGGAUCCAGUCAAGCGGGGGUUUGAGCUCGAAGCUCUACUCGCUCACGCUGUUGAAUUACUUAGAAAUUAUCCAGUGUCCGAGUUUGACUGAGAUCAAUGAAGACAUCGGCAACUUGAUCCAUCUCCAAAGCCUUAUACUUUGCAGAAACAAGAUCACAUCUGUUCCCAAAUCCAUCGGGAAGUUGAAGUGUCUGAAAGUUUUGGAUGUGUCUGUGAACGAGUUGCAGGACAUCCCAGAGGAGGUGUCACAGUUGAGCGAACUCAACACCCUCAAUGUGAGCUGCAACAGCAUCACCUCGCUGCCAAAAGGCCUGAACCAGUGCGUCAAGCUCUCCACCAUCAACGUGUCCAAGAAUGGGCUCACGGCCUUACCCGACGAGUUGUUCUCAGUAAAGCUGGAGCUUCUCAGCACCAUCAUCGCGUCUGAGAAUGCGAUCGAAGAGUUGAGUACAGGCAUCAGCAAUCUGUCUGCAAUUAAGGUUCUGGACCUGUCCAGCAACAAGCUGUCUGAGCUGCCGUCCGAGCUGGGAGACUGCCCCAAGCUCAAGGAGAUCAACUUCAAGGGCAACAAGCUGAAGGACAAGCGUCUGGAGAAGAUGGUCAACGGCUGCCAGACCAAGUCCGUGCUGGACUACCUGCGGGCGGGCGGCCGCGGCAAGGGCAGGGGCAAAGGUCAGAGCGAGGCGGCGGCGGCGGGGGAGAAGGGGGACGGGGGCGCGGCGGCUCGCGGCGGCACCCCCAAAAAGAAGGGCGGGGGGGCGAGGGGGAGGAACCGGAACCAGGACGAGGGGGACGACGAGCUGGACAAGCUGCUGCUGAAGGUUCUGCACGUCACGGACGGCGACGGCGACGCGUCCCUCGCGGUGAAGGUGGCGCCGGAGGUGAAGGACGUGCGGCAGUACAUCGUGUGCUGCAUCGUCAGGGGCAUGAACCUGCGCGCCGGCAACGCCCUCAAACGCUUCCUCAUGGCUCAGACCAAACUUCAUGAUGACCUGUGCGCUAGACGCACGACUGCGACCAUCGCCACCCACGACCUCCGCCUGCUCAAGGCCCCGCUGCUCUACGACGCCCGCACUCCGGACACUCUGAAGAUUGCUCCUCUGGGUCGGAAGGAGAUGAAGGCUGUGGACCUGUUGAAGCAGCUGCAACAGGAAGCUGAUGAACAGAGGAAACAGAAGAAACGGCAGAACGUGUCCGGACUGCACAAGUAUCUUCAGCUGCUGGACGGAAAGACGCAUUACCCCUGUCUGGUGGAUGCCGAGGGUCACGUCAUCUCCUUCCCCCCGAUCACCAACAGCGACAAGACGAAGAUUCAGAAGAGUACUCGGGAACUGUUUCUAGAGGUGACCAGCGGCACCUGUCUGCAGACCUGUAAGGACGUCAUGGACGCACUCAUCACCAAAAUGGCGGAGCUGAAUAAAUUCACCUUCGACCAGAGAGAGGCGGAGGGAUCCGACGGGGAACCGGAGCCAGAACCCGCCCCGGCAGAGGGGAACGGGCCAGCGGGUCCAGAACUCACGGUUCUGCAGGUCCGGAUCGUGGACAUGGACGGGAAUCUGAAAGUGGUGUACCCCUCCAAAACGGACCUCACGGCAGAAGCCUGCAGCACCCUCAGGGUCGUGCGAUAGUCCGGUCCGGUCCACUGCAUGAAGUCCGAGAGGAAGCCGGCACACUCGCGCGCCUCAGAAGCUACGCUAAUAUGCAUCUCCUGUUCUCACUGCCAAAUCUUUGCAUACUGGUUUUGCAGGGUUCUUUAUCUCAACUGUUCCUAAACAUACAGUACACUUAACACUUCACAGCACUUACUUGCAAUGAAGCUAAAUGAAUAACUUUCACACAGUUCAUGAAAUCAUCAUUUUGUUGUUUUGUACCUUCUGUUGUGUAUCAUUUUGUUUUUGGCCUGUAUUUCUGUACAGUGACUAGCAUGUAGGCGUAGGACACUUUUGUUUGCAACGAACUCACACAUGUGUAGAACUGUAAUGUAUCGCAUACAUCACACUUGAGUAGAACUGUAUUGCAUACACCACACAUGUGUAGAAUUGUAAUGUAUUGCAUACCAGUGUAACACUGACUUUGGACUCUAGGUCUUAUCAGGUCGUACAUAUUCAAUAAACGUAUUGACACAGA